CUAAACGUGAUUAACAAUAAUUGGCAUGUGUAAAAAAAACGUAAGAUCAAAGGCAAACCAUGUACAGCCUGUUUUCUCCUCUUGUAAACUUGCAUAGCAUAUAUUCUUGCAUUCAAGCUUGAUUAACUUGAAAGUUGAAACCUAAUUACGUUAUACGUUUACAGCUAUAGCCCGGUUUAUCCGGUUCGACUUGAACAGCAAAUAGGGCACCAAUAGGAGACCAUCGAAUGUUCAACUCGCAACCUUAUUGGUGGAAAUCGACAUUUCGCAUGUAAACAAGAAUCCUAAAAGUUUUCCCUGACAUUCAACCAGAUCGACUUAUUCUCGACGAUGAAAGUCAACUUUCCACAUCCUUCGAUGUUCCUGGCUUGUUAUAAGUAUAAAGAGCUCGCUUUUGUCGAUUUUUGUUAGUCUUUCAGCUCUACAGCAAAGAUGAAGUAUCUUGUCGAAGAACCGAAUGGAAACUUGCACGAAAUUAUAGUGCCCAAGAAUGCUGCGGGGCUAGUAUGCCAUGAAAGGUUAUGUGAGAAGCUAGGAAUCGUUGAAAAACAUUAUUUUGGUCUUACUCGUUCGAUGGGUCAAGAAGUAAAAGCAUGGCUGAAUCUAAGGAACCCUCUCAUGACACAACUUCGUCCUCACAUCACUGGAAAACCUCACCGACUUCGCUUGGACGUGAAAUUUUAUGUUUUGCCGCAAGAAAUUCAACACGAGAAAACAAGGCAUUUCUUUUAUCAUGCAUUGAGAAGAAAUUUGGCCGAAGAAAAGUUCAUUUUAAGUGAAAAUCAACUCACUAAACUGCACGCUUUGAUCAGACAAGUCGAAGAGGGAGACUCCAAAAUACAACUGCGCGACAACCCAACUGAAACCGUUUACAAUGCUUGGGAAUUAAACGUGAGACGAGAGCACGAAAGCUUGAAGGGCUUAUCCCCAAGUGUAGCCAAACUGAAGUUCAUCUCGACUUUGGCUGAAACCGAAUUCUACUUUUGCGAUUGGUUUAAAGUUAAAGUCGCCGGCGAGAAACUAUUUGCAGCCGUCGGUGAGCAAGGUCUUACUCUGAUAAAUCGUCGUUGCCCUCAGGCAUUCAAAGAAUUUGUAUCGUACCUGGAUAUAACAAAAUCAGUCUAUUUGAGGAACGUAUGAUAUUGGUAAUCAAGCGAGCCGGUUCCACAUUCAGGUUUCUGCACUUUUUCCACACCAGCUGUGAGUCGGCAAAAGUUAUGCACAAGUGUGUUUUGGAAAAAAAGCUGUUCUAUUUUGAACCUCAGAUUUUGGACUCUGUUCGCAAUCACUACAUGCUAGCAUAUCCGUGUUGGGCUUAUCCAUCCAAGUGGCUUACACGUUACACAGCCCCAGAAUUAUACCACCUUGAUGUUUGUUGUACAAGACGGCAAGCGUAUAAUGAACAUUACAAUGCGAUUACUUCACAGAAAGAAAAAUCUCUUUGCUACC